ACAGUUAUUUCUUCUGGCGAUCAUUUCUGUGGCAAGAACCAAGAAUCCUGCCACUUUAUUUCGCAAUUUCAAAAUCGCUGCUUCAGAUUGUCAAAGAUGGCAACAGUGCUCUCUAGGAUUUCGCAGUCCUCUAUUGUUCAGAGCGGCAAGCAAGCUGCGUCGGACACUGCAUUCAUCACCAAGAAGCUCAUCCGCAGCACCGGCAAGGCUGCUUGGAUCGCCGGAACCUCCUUCCUCGUUCUCUUCCUCCCUCUCAUAGUCGAGAUGGACCGAGAGCAGCAGCUCAAUGACCUCGACUCGCAGCAGGCGACUCUGCUGGGAACACCGUCGGCUCCGGCUCUCAAUUAAAGUCUUCGGUCGGCACAUAGGGAAGCGAACUUCUACUUUUGUUUCUCAGAAGACUCCGGUUUCUGCUGGGCUUUUAUCGGGUGGUAGCUUUGAAUAAAUGUGCCGUUGAUUUUGAAAUUUCGUUUAGGAGCUUGAGAGCUGAAUUUUGAGAAUGCUGAUUAUGAUGUUUCAUACUGGGUUAAAAUUCCUUGCUUAAUGUCGAAUUUCACAGCACAAAUUCUGCAUUUGAAAAUAUACAAAAUUCGAGAAUGUUAUCGUUGGCUUUUGACUUUCGUUUUAUGGACAUGAAUCUCAAGAUUUAGUGCUUA